AUGGAACAUUCAUCACCGUUGGCUGCGAUGCAGCCUCCGUCAGUGAUGUUCGGACACUGCUUUCGCUCGGAUGUACCAACAUCCUAUGGCUCUUUUGGUCCCAGGUCUGGGCUGAAACCUCCUAGUUUCAAUUUCAAAGACCUGUCCAUGAAGAAGUCCCAGCGUGACUAUUUUAACGUGAAACCGGUCCGUGGUUCGUCGCCCACGGCGAGUCUAGCUGCAGAUCUCUCUCAAAAUUUUCAUAUUGACCAAAGUCCGCAAUUAGCAACUCCCCGGCGGUCUUUGUUCUCCUCGAACCUGUUUGGCCAUGGCAACGAAGACAGCAUGACAACCCCUCCCCUUCCGUCCUCCUCGCCUGCCCCCGCUCUGGAUUUUAUGGAAAUGUCACCUUUGCCCCAUAAACCGCCAUUCUGCGUGACAAGCGAGAUCGAGAUUAUUACACCAACCAUGGAGGACUCGCCUAUGGCCAGCCCGUUGGAGGAUUCACCCUCGGUGCCCCCGAAGGAUGCUCAGCCAGAGAGACGGCGUCCGACGUUCCUGCGGCCCAGCCUCGCCAAAAGCAAAGCCCAGUCCUUUCAGUUAGGCCUGACGAAGCCCGCCCCAGAGAGUCAGGCACCCCCGUUUCGAUUCCAGAGCAAAGGCAACAAGACAUCCUUGAGCACCUCGGCGUCGUUGGAGGAUAUGUUUGGCGAAUCCCCGCAGCGUGAACGGCCUCUGUUGAGAAACCAUUCGUCGAGCGGGCUGAUGAACCCCCGGUUGCGGCCGCCCUUGCUGUCCAGUAAUAGCGGCAGCCAUGUUCGUGGAAAUGGAUCGCCCUCCGCCGCGUCCAUUCGGAAAAGUUCCCACCCCCUGAUGCGCCCUCGUAAACAGUGCAGGCGUUCGUUGAGUAUGUAUGAGCAUCCAGAGGAUGUAGUUGUCGAAAAAGAGGCCAAUUUUACAUCAAAUGCACCACUUCAGUCCGUUUGCGACAUUGAAGCUACCCCGAGCCUCCACCUGCCUCAUGUGAUCCAUGAGGAUCAAGGAGACUCUCUGCCCCGUAUCGACAAAACCGUUCUCUUGGAGCUCAUGGAUGGAAAAUUCAACGAUCAGUUCGACAACAUCCUGGUUAUCGACUGCCGUUUUGAGUACGAGUAUGAGGGAGGACAUAUCAACGGCGCUGUGAACUAUAACGACAAGGAAAACCUGGCGGCGGAACUCUUUGCCAGCCCCAAACCGAGGACUGCCCUGGUUCUGCACUGCGAAUAUUCCGCCCACCGAGCUCCCAUCAUGGCCAAGUACAUCCGCCAUCGGGAUCGCGCGUUCAACAUUGACCAAUAUCCCAACCUGAGUUAUCCGGAUAUGUACAUCCUGGAAGGAGGCUACAGUUCAUUCUUCGCCGAGCACCGAACCUUCUGUUAUCCCCAGAAUUACGUCGAAAUGUCCGCCAAGGAGCACGAAUUUGCAUGCGAGCGUGGCCUUGGAAAGGUCAAGCAACGGUCCAAGCUCAACCGAGCUCAAACCUUUGCCUUCGGACAGAAUUCGCCCGGAAUGGAAGACAGUCCUACUGGGAGAUGCCGUAACACCCCCGGCGAUCGUGGUCGAUUCCUUGGGUCUCCCUUCGGAGAGAGCCCCGGGUCUGCUCGAUUCCCCGGACGCCGUAUGCUGUCGUACUGA